AUGAACGCCAACUUUGGUCCCAUCUUAAAAACACAUAGUGAAGCGGACUAUGAUCCUACAGGUUUGUUGUUGCGUUGCCUAGCAUGCAUGGUAUGGCAUGCCAAGUCGUUCCAGGAGUACAUUGCCCAUAACCCAAGCAACGAACUUGUCAAGGUUCCAUUCUACAACAUGAGAGGAUCAGAAAUUGACGCAUUGCAACAGCUUAUCACUGUUGAACCAACUCCCGAUGUCAUGACCACUGUUACUGGCGUCCCGCCACACAUUGAAACAACUUGCCAAAUGAAGGCAAUUCAUGACAACUUAAUACAGUUACUUGCACAAACAAGAAUCAGUGAGGACAACCAGAAGCAGCGCGACGAGCAAUUGAAGGCAGACCUUGUUGCGGCUGUUCACCAUGGAAUAGAGCAGAAUGCAAUUUCGAACGGCAACAUUACUGCAAAAGGUAUCAAUGACAUCAUUCAAAAGCACCAAGACGCAACAAAUAAACAACUUACCGAACAUUUGCAAGCAAUGCUUAGGAGCCUGCCUCCUCAGUUCCAAGGUGGUCAGCCAGCUCAGAUUCCGCCACCUGGAAAUCAAGUUCAGCAAGGGGGUGGAUUGUUGCUUCAAAAGCCUGAUCAAGGAAAAUACUUUUACACCAAAAGGUUCUGGUCCGUUCCGGAAGACUUUGAGUUCCCUCCAAAGCCAAACCUUCCCCAAGCGCUUCGAUGCUGGCUCAAGGGUAUAAGGUAUGGCAACAAUUAUGUGAAACCAUUUCGCCAGCUACGACCAAAGGACCUCCCAACCACAGCACUCCAGUCACAGAUGCGAGUUGAAUGGCAGAAAUUUUUCAAGUAUCUCGAGAACAAUGGGUUAGAAAUGCCUAGUAACACGAGCGAAGAAGUGACUGAAGCACAAUUGGAACGUACUACCGAUGAGAUGUGGGACCUUUUGGAAAAAAAGGUUUCCUAUGCAUUCACAAGAAAGAAUGCAAAAAGCCACUGUCUUUCUACUUUCGCAAGGAAGGUAUCGCCGUCAGAAAUUGUUAAGAAUGGAAAUCCGUCAGAUAAAACUUACUUGGAAUCGAGGCAGAAGGCAAAACCUGCCGCACGACAGUAUAAAAAUCGAGUCCGACCGCUGGCUAAAAAUCCAAAGUACCUCAGAAGAGGAAAGCAAAAGACAACAGCAAAUGCAACGAAUCCAGCAAGAUUGCAACAGGCAACAAUUCAUGCAGGAGCGGGUAUCUUGCUUGAGCCGAUAGACCACUCACCUCGUGUCUUGAAUUCGACUCGAUAUUCAAUUGAAGCAAAUGCAGAACAGGAUCGAAUGAUGGAAGAGUAUGGUGUUGGUCGUGGUCCAACUGGGCCUCCAGCUGUUGCCAUCGGACAUCACGACCAAACAUCACCCACAUAUCUUCAAGAACUCAUUGACAGAUUUGGAAUCAGGCAUCCAUAUCCGCCAAUAUCAGUUCCAGGACCACUAGGACCAUGUGCUUGUGCCGGUUGCUCCAAAGAGUUGGAACUUGGGCGACACCGAUGUGCCCGAUGCAACAUCGUCAUUCACAAUAACUGUGCGAUGGAUCGAAAUUGGUACAUGCAAAAGAAUGGUGAGGAAAUGUGUUUUUGUAGUGAUCAGUGCAAAAAGAAUCUUCCCGGUGGAAGAUACUUGUAG